CCUUCAUUCCUAAUUACUCCAGGUUGAGUCUUUUUGUCCUAGCUUCACUUCAUUCCCGUCCAGGUGAUCGUCUUUUUAAUUCUUUGCGUCUCUUGUUGGAAUCGCGAUUGCGCCAACGGUCUAUUCUGGGCCAGCAUAGUCACUGUUUGCAAUACAAUUCGACCGACGGUUGAUUCCCAUCUCCAGGACAUGAUCUCGGUCUAACACUUUCUCUUCAUUUUAUUCGCCAUUUCGGCAAGCUAGUCCACCAAUUUUCGACCGGACGACAAUCCAUUCGUUAACAUAGCCCAUUUUUUUUCUAUCAUGCGUUCAUCACUUCGCGUAGCAGGCAUCUUUGGUCUGCUGGCGGGCACAGGGAGCGCCAUCACAGUCGAUUUCAACAGCGAUGACUCCAUCAAAGACGCAGCUAGCACAACCGCCUUCGGCUUAUUAAAAUACUACACGGGCAACAACACCGGCGACGUGCCAGGAAACCUCCCGGAUCCGUAUUUUUGGUGGGAAGCAGGGGCUAUGUUCGGGACCAUGAUCGACUAUUGGUUCUUGACAGGGGAUACGACAUACAACGACGUCACAUCGCAGGCUCUCCUGCACCAGGCAGGAGACGACCGCGAUUUCAUGCCCACGAACCAGACGCGGACUGAGGGAAACGACGACCAGGGCUUCUGGGCCAUGGCGGCCAUGACGGCAGCCGAAAACAACUUCCCUAACCCGCCGGCGGAUCAACCACAAUGGUUAGCCUUGGCGCAAGCAACGUUUAACGAGUACGUGGAGCGAUGGGAUACCGCGACGUGCGGCGGGGGACUCAGGUGGCAGAUCUUCACUUUUAACAACGGGUUCAACUACAAAAACUCCAUCUCCAACGGGUGCUUCUUCAAUAUCGCCUCGCGGCUAGCGCGGUUCACAGGUAACCAAACCUACGCCGAUUGGGCGGAAAAAGUCUACGAUUGGAUGACGGAUACGAACCUUAUCUCGUCCGAUUUCCGCGUCUACGACGGGGCCGGUGUUGACUCGGGGUGCAAGGAAAUCGACAAAGCGCAAUGGACCUACAACGCCGGGAUCUUCCUGCACGGUUCAGCUGUUAUGUAUAAUUACACGGGCGGUAACACGACGUGGAAAGCGCGCGUCGAGGGCCUGCUGAAUGAGACGUCGACCUAUCACUUCGACAACGGCAUCAUGGUGGAGAAGCCCUGCGAGGACGGCGGCUUCUGCGACACGGACCAGCAGAGCUUCAAGGGGUACUUGGCGCGCUGGAUGGCAGGCACCGCGCAAAUGGCGCCCUUUACAUUCGAUACUGUCAUGCCGCUCCUGAAAUCGACCGCCACAGCCGCGGCUGAGAUGUGCAAUGGCUCGCCGUCGGCGGCGGAGUUUAAGGGCAUUUCCGGGACGGCGUGCGGGUUCCAGUGGACCAUAUCGCUGCAGAAUGACGGGUUGGUCGGCGUGGGAGAGCAGAUGAAUGCUCUGUCUGCGAUCAUGUAUACGUUGGUGCAGAAGACGGCCGCGGAGGGCAAGGCGCCUGUCACGGCGGAUACGGGCGGCACCUCUCAGGGGGACCCGAAUGCCGGGGCCGGGAUAGAGACCAAGAUGCCCGUGGUGGAGCCUAUUUCGAUGGGGGAAAAGGUCGCGGCUGGGUUUGUGACUACGGCGAUUGCGUUUAGUUUGCUUGGGGCAUGCUUUUUUGUCGUCAAGUGAAGGGGGCAUAGCUUCGAUUUCGAUUUCGAUUUCGAUUUCGAUUUCGAUCUCGACCUGGACUUGGAUUUCGACCUGGUUAGACCAGACGCAGACAACACGCAGACCGAUGAUGACUUGAUGCUAUGGGUGGUGUACAACAUUUUCUGGGAAUUUUGAAAUCCGGCUGGACUUAGGGAUUUGAAGGGACAUAUUGGAGAGAAUCAUAUGCCUCUGGCGUUUUACGGAAAUGG